CAACCUGCCGCGUCCUCCCCGGGACCCUUAGGGAACCUCAGCCCUAUUGGUCACGGGUAACUCCGUGCCCUGCCACCCUGGCCAGGGACCUCGCCGAGGGGCGAAUGGAUGCAGAUCGCCCCGGGGGGCAGACAGAUCCCGGGCAUGGGGCUGCGAGAGGCCUGUAGGUGUAGGGGGAUGGAUUGCCAUGUUUGGAAAUAAGGAAAGGGCAUUGGAGGGGAAGCCCUUGAUAGAGAACUGCGUGCAGUCUAGGGUAGGAGGCAGAUUUGGGUCUGAUCAGAAAUGUGAUGAAAACAAUACAGAAGACAAUACUCAUCCUGGUCCUGGGAAGAAACUAAAGAAGAAGCUUGAUCUCUGCUGGGCGGUCCCCAGCUAUAGGAUUUCUGCUGCUGAGCAGAGAAGAUGACUGCAAAAUUGAGAGAGGCCAUGGCCCUGGCCCCUUGGGGCUCAGUGACAGUAAAAAAGGAGGAGGAGGAAGAGGAAGAAAAUUUACUGGGUCAGGCAUCCAGCCAACAAAUGUGUUCUGAAAACAUCAAAGUCUGGACUCCUGGGGAGGGUCUUCAGCUAGGACUUGAAGGAUCAGAACAGGAGGAAAAGGGUCAGAAAAUGUUCUGGGACAUGGCAGUAAUUCUAAAAGCAACACAGGAGGUUCCUGCUGCUUUACCUCUUUGCAACUACUCAUUGCCUUCUCCAGGGAUCCUGUCCAAGAGUGAGAGCUCUUACUCUCUAGGUGAUGAAACAAAAAACCCACAGUCAUUGGUUCCAAAAAUUGAGAUAAUUGAUGAAGCAGAAAAACCCUUCAUAAUAUCAGGAAGGAUCCACAAAGCUGACGUUCAAGGAUCUGAGUUUGGAGAAGCCUGUGAAAAAGAAAAGGUUUUAAAGAGACAGAGAAUAAAGAGGGAAAAGAAAGAUUUCAGACAAGUCACAGUGAAGGACUGUCACUUACCUGAAAGCCUCAAAGAAGAGGGAGAUCAGAAAUGUAAGCAAUCUGGAGAAAGAUACAGCCUUAGUUCUGGGCCUGUGAAAAAUCAGAAAACUGAGCUUGGGCAGAAACCUUUUACAUGUAGUGUAUGUGGAAAAGGCUUUAGUCAGAGUGCAAACCUUGUUGUGCAUCAACGAAUCCACACUGGGGAGAAACCUUUUGAAUGUCAUGAGUGUGGGAAGGCCUUCAUUCAGAGUGCAAACCUUGUUGUGCAUCAAAGAAUCCACACUGGACAGAAACCGUAUGUUUGUUCAAAAUGUGGAAAAGCCUUCACUCAGAGUUCAAAUCUGACUGUACAUCAAAAAAUCCACUCCUUAGAAAAAACCUUUAAGUGCAGUGAGUGUGAGAAAGCCUUCAGUUAUAGCUCACAACUUGCUCGGCACCAGAAAGUCCACAUUACGGAAAAAUGCUAUGAAUGUAAUGAGUGUGGGAAAACAUUUACUCGGAGCUCAAACCUCAUUGUCCAUCAGAGGAUCCACACUGGGGAGAAGCCCUUUGCCUGUAAUGAUUGUGGCAAAGCCUUCACCCAGAGUGCAAAUCUUAUAGUGCAUCAGCGAAGCCAUACUGGUGAGAAGCCAUAUGAGUGUAAAGAGUGUGGGAAAGCCUUUAGUUGCUUCUCACAUCUUAUUGUACACCAGAGAAUCCACACUGCAGAGAAACCUUAUGACUGCAGUGAGUGUGGGAAAGCCUUCAGUCAGCUCUCUUGCCUUAUUGUCCACCAGAGGAUUCACAGUGGAGAUCUUCCUUAUGUGUGUAAUGAGUGUGGGAAGGCCUUCACAUGUAGCUCUUACCUACUUAUUCAUCAGAGAAUCCAUAAUGGGGAGAAACCUUACACAUGCAAUGAGUGUGGCAAGGCCUUCAGGCAGAGGUCGAGCCUCACUGUGCACCAGAGAACCCACACUGGGGAGAAGCCCUACGAAUGUGCAAAGUGUGGUGCAGCCUUCAUUUCUAACUCACACCUCAUGCGACAUCACAGAACCCAUCUUGUCGAGUAACAAGUAAAUGAAGAGAAAGACCUUCAGGUGUUGGUUAUAACCUAUUGCCCCCCAACGUAGAUACCUCUGUGCUGUUUUCUUCUUCCUUUGUAAAAAAAUGAGGCAUACUAUAUCCUUAGAAGUUAUAGUUUUCAAAUGAAUGCAGCACAAAAUACAAGUAUUUCAGAGGCUGAUUUAAAGAAAAGGAAGGCUAAGCACAUAAGAUUUUUUGAAAUUGUACCCUAAGUGGUCCUGUUUUCUAAAACGAAAUAUGGCUUUCUUAGGAAGGAAUCAUAAAACUAAGUCAUAAAGAUUCCCAAUUGAGGGAAGGUCUUUUUUGCUUAAUAAUUGCUUUUUAAAAACUGGUCAUUUCUUAAGCAAACAGGCACGUUAUUGGUCUGUCUGGUUGAGUUCUGGAGCUUUGAACCUUAUAUCCUAGUACUUUGUAUUAAGCAGUAAUUAGGAAAGCACUUAGGGUAGUAAAUUUAUAAGCUUUCCAUUCCCUAGGUAAUUUUUAAAAAACAAACCAAACAAAACAGAAAAACAAAAACACUACUGACUAACUACUGCUCCUAAAAUGGACAAAAGUAGGAAACAACCUUUUCCCUCAUUGUCUGGUAAAGCUCUGGGGAUCUCUGACCAGUCUUCUACCAUUCCCAAGUUCACAUGAGCAAGCACUCCAGGAUUGUUGGAGACACCACAUGCUGUGAAUACUAGUGCUGCUGGGCUGUAUUCAUUUACUAGGAUCAGCAACUCUCUCUCCAUACAACUUAAUCACCAAUUACUGAUGCAUUUCCUUUGGGUGAGAUUCUGCUAACAGCUACCUUCCCUGAUAGAAGAGUCAAAGAAUAAAGCUUGCCCAGAGGCAUGCCAAGUUGUCUCUGCUCUCAUUCUGCUCAGGCCCAGCCUGAGUUUGGGUUUCAUUCUCACCUUUUGGAUGUGUUUAAAAGAAAAAGCUCUUCUAAUUGUCGGAAGGCCAAAGAGGGAUGUGAAGGGAGAAACGGAGAUGGGGUGGGAUUUAUAAAGAUUUAAUUUGCUUAUUUUUUUUUGAGAAGUUGAGAGAUACUGGAAUAUGGAUACUUUUAGAAGGAUGAAGAAAUUGGCUAAGGUAAGGUACUUGUGUUACCAUUGAGCCUUUACUCCUAAAAAAUGAUUCAUAAAACUAUGCAAUAGGUAGAGUUAUGUAAUAAUAUUGCCUUGUAUUUAUAUAGAACUUUAUUCUUUGUGUACAUAUUCAUGUACAGAAAAAUGAUACCAGGCAUUUAUUUUGUGCUUUCAUGUAGAUCAUUACCUUUAAUCCUUAUAACACUGAAGGAGGUGUUUGCCCCAUGUACCUGACAGUGAUUACUUAAAGGAAGGGUAAGUAACUAACGAGUAGCAGAGCCUGUGUUCAAAUCCAGGAACUAAAUACAGACAGGUUCUCUUCGUUCUGCCAUGCUGCUGCUCUGUAGCUGUAACCACCUGUAAUCCCCAUCUAGUCCUGUGGGGGAGUCUGAGAAGGAAAUCGUAGUCUUGUUUUCAGGCAAGGAGGCUGAGGUGACAGGUUUGGGCAUGUGCCUUAGACACUGUAACCAGAAAGCAGCAAACCUAAGACAAGUUUGGAUCUCUUGAUUUCUGGAUCUGUCUAUACACUGCAUUCCAAGGCCUUUCAGCAUGUAGGAGCAUUUAUCAUAAGUGCUGUACCUGAUUAUGAACAGUCUGGUGCAACUCUUCCUGUGGAAGUCCCACACAUUUAUUUUCCCAUUUUGGCAAGACUAAAUUAUAUUAAUCAACAUAGUGUUUUCCAGUUUACAGAGCACUUUCACACACAGAAGACAUACUUGUUAACUUUUUCCCCUUCCAACCACAGUCUCAUCAAAGCAUAUGCAACUUCUUUUGCUAGUUUUACUCUAAAUCAGAGAUCAAAUACAGGAAAUCAAAAGGAUUCAAAAAUAUUCAUGCCUUUACUGACCAGAACAAUUGGUGACUUUGUUCUUGUCCCCUUGUCUAUAGCUGGGAGUGGAGGGAUAUAAAGGUAACACUGUGUGUCUCUGUUGAGAUUAGGAACAAGUUAAGUUUUUUCUGCAUGAUCAGGAAACAGAACUGAAGGAGAGCAGAUCUGGUUUGGAAUAGCUCUGGGAUCUUGACCCACCAAGAGGCCAAAAGAGUUGUCACUGAAAAACAGGAGCUGGAAUUUAUCACAAUUAAGAUACUUAAACUCUGUGUAGCACCACUAUCUUAUAUUCAUCCUCAUAAUUGAACACUUGGUCAUUGAUGAUUGUGGUUCCUGACUAAAGAUUUUCAAUAAUAGGUAGUUCAGACAAGCUACCCAGGCAAUUCUGAUGCAAAGCUAGGUAUGAGAAUUGCUGACCCAGCUGCAGUAAAGCAGUGGUUUUCAACCUUGGCUACAUGUUAGAAUCACCAGGGCACUUUUAAAAAUUUCCAUUCCUGGGCUUCAGUAUUUUUAAAAAUUCUGUGGAUGAUUCCAAUGUGCAGCCAAGGUUAUGAGCAACUGUGGUAAAGCCUGCAGGCCAAGGAUGUGUAUAAUCAAAAGAAAGGGCUCCAGUAUAAAGAGGUGUAUAAAGUAUAAAGCAUUCAGUAUAUGACUAUGUGGUCUCAACAAAACAGAACAUUAACUCUACAUUGGCUCGGCUGGGUGUCCUUCAGUGCUUCUGCCAACCCUUGGAUGUUAGGAAUAUAUGAUCUAGUUUACUGUCUUCUUUGUCUUUUAAUGGAACAUACCAAAUAUUUAUAUGCAUAAACCAGGUUUUAUGGAACAUACCCUUACGUUCCUCAUUCAACAAAAUGACUUUUCAUUUCUACUUGUAUUGCAUCUCCAAUCAGUUUUCACAAAAUGAGCCCAGGUUAAGAACCCCUGAUCCUGCACAAUUCAUGUGAGCCUCAUGGAUUAAAAGAUCUCUUUUCCGCACUGAUUACAACCCUCCUUCCCAACUUGAAUUCAAUUCCAGCCCUCAGAAUAAAUUAAAAUCCACCAUUUUCUUUACAGUUUCUAAUAGGGGGUGUUAGGUCAGAGUUGGCUUAGGUUUUCCUGUUCCCUUCUCGCUUGGUUGGUCUUGCUAGAAAGGAAUAGAAAUUCUGAAGCCCCAUUCUUCAAAAUUGCUCAGAGCUAUCAGACUUUUAUUUCUUCCCCCAAGGAGCUCUGUCCCAGGCCUAGCAGUGAGCAUUACAGGUGUACAAGUGGAGUACAGUGCCAUGAAAAUGAUAAUGAAGUCAUGAAUUGAUGCUUUGAGGACACAGGAGAGACUUGAAUCCCAUUCCCCAGUGGUGUGCAUGCAUGCACACGCAACCCUGAAGCCAUUUCUCCUGGCUCAGGAAUAGAUGUCUUCUGUCAAAGCAAAUCCCAUCUCCGUGCUCUGGAUACCCUCCCUCUCUUGCCUCUCCCACAUCUUUCCCUUUACUUCUAGUCUUUCCAUCUAGUGUGCCUAACCUUUUUGGUAUCAUAAGCCCUGUUGAGAAUCUGAUGAUGGUUAUGGGUCCUCUCCCCAAGAAAUGCACAUUGUACAUGGAACUUUGGGCUCAUUUUAUUGUGAUGGACAGGCUCCAUGAAGCCCAUCUAUGGACCCUUUAGGUCUGGAAAAUCUCAGCUGGGGAUACACUACAUAAUCACCAGUGCUGUUAAAAAAACAAACAAACCUGGGUCAAACUACAGAAUAUCUAAGCAUGAUCUUUUCUGUCUUCUCCUGAGUUCCCUCCCUCAACAAAUAGCAUUAUCCUCACCAUCUGGGGCACCCAUACUGGAAAACCAGAAGGCAUUUAUGUCUUCUUACAUAUCAUUCAUUUAUUACAAAAAGUAUUUACUGUGCACUCGUCUUGUGGCAGACAUUGUGCCAGAUUCUGGGUGCUGAAGCAAAUGGUAUACACAAAAUGCUGUUCUUGUGAUCCUUAUGGGGAAAAUGUCUAGAUUCCUUAAUAUGAUUUAAAGAGCUCUUUGUAAUCUCUUCCCAGCCUAAUCUCUUCCUUACCCAUGCACCCUUUCUGUAGCCUGGAGGCACAUGCUGGCUCCUCUGUGCAUUUGUGCACACAGUCCUUGGCUGUACUACUUCACCGACAACCCCCACCCCCAUCCCUGCCUACUUUGCUUAACCUUAGGUUUUCUUUUCUCUUUCGUCCGUCCUUCCUUCCUUCCUUCCUUCCUUCCUCCCUCUCCUUCCUCUCCUUCCUCUCCUUCCUUUCCUUCCUUUCUUUCAAGAUUUCAUUCAAGUCCCAUCUCUGGGAAACCUCAGGCUGUGUCCUGGCCAGGAUGGAUCAGGGCCCCUCUGAACAUUUAGAAUUAUAAAACAACAUGAUGUAUCUAGACUAUUACUUUAUGCUUUAAAGUGAAAAAAUCUUAAUUCAAAAUUGUAUAUAUAAUACAGCACUCAUACUGCUAAAUAUACUAUAUACUGUUAAAAAGUAUAUAGAUAAGUAACCUGAAGGAAAUAUAACAAAAUGUUAUAAGUCUUUAUAAGUUGUUUACAGCCAUACAGGUGAUAAAUUGCACAGUUUAGACCCAAAACUCUGGGCCUCUGGAUAAUGGGAUUAUGGGUGAUUUCAAAGUUCUUUUUUUUUUUUUUCUUUUAAUAAUUUUCCAUGGUUUCUAUAAGGAGCAGCCAAUUUACAAUCAGGAGAAAAUGAGUUAUUUAUUAUGUUUACAUCUUGAGUUUUAUUGUAUUAACUAGAGCAGCAUCUCAGUUUUCCAUUUUAUAAGGUAUGGGGUGUAUCCAUCUCUUUUUCCCUUUUUCCACCUCACUGCUUCUGACAUUGUCAAGUCUGAUAAUUCUUGCAUUCUAGUUUAUAACCAUAGUUAGACUUUUAUGCUUUGUUUAUUGGUUCAUUCAAAAAGUUGUAAACAAACGGUGUGAACAUUGUAAAUGUAAAUAUUGUUCACUGCAGAACUAAGCUUACAUGAUUAUAUUUCUUUUUGGAACUUUUUGUUCUUACUGAAGUUUCUAGUUGCCUUUUUCCCCCGUGUACUAGUUGCUUUUAGCACAUCUUCAAUUUUGUUUUUAAAUUCUCCAUCCAAUUCAAUUUUCUGUUGAGUUCCCUGUUUUUCUGGAUAUCUCCCUUCCAGGGAUCUCCAGUCUCCUGCUCCAAACCGUCCCUGAUCUCUCUGCUCUUCAGUAGUUAGACUGGGCUUCAUUGUUUCCGGACCUCCAUGUCUUAAACUCUUUCCCCUUUUACUCCCUCAUCUUUCUGUGGCACAUCUUCAAGUCACUUACCAAGAAAGGGUACAUUGAAGGCAACAGAGUUGGCUGCUUAUAUAUCUAAAAUGUCUUUCUCUGCCCUAAUACUUUAUUGGUAGUUUGACUGGCUGCAGAAUUUUAGGUUGAAAAUCACCUGGUAAGUUCAAAGGCACUGUCUACUGACUUAUGGCAUCCCCUGUUGCUAAUGAGAUGUCUGAUUCCAUUCUGAUUCUUAUUUCUUAAAUAAUUUGUAAGCAGUAUUUACAUUAUUGUGAUCUGUUCCCCUGCUCCCACACCUGGAAAUUUUUAAAGUCUCCUUUUUCUUUGGUGUACCGAAUUUCCUAAUGUGUUCGGUGGAAUUGUUCAAGCUAGUGACUCAGGAACUUCUACUCUUGGAAAUGUUGUAUUAUUUAUAUAACAAUUCCCCCUUUCUACAUUUUUUCUUUUUUUACUUUCUGGAAUUACUGUCCAUCCAAGGUGGUUCUGGAUUGAGCCUCCAUUACAUUCUCUCCUAUUUCCAUUUCCUUGUUGUGUUCUACUUUCUUUGAGAGUCCCUUGAUUGUUUUUCAACAUUUCUAAUGAAUUUUCAAUUUUGGCAGCACUUAGUUUAAUUUUUAAGUGCUUUUUCUUGUUUUCUCUUUGUUCUUUUUUC